CCUGUGCAAGGAUUGGUGAGUGCAAAAGUAUGGCGGCGUUUGUGAAGAAAAACAUGGAGGAUCAAGACUUUUAUGGYGCAACUUUGGAUUUACUGUAGUGGUUUAUAGUUAUUCUUUAGCCUGUUUUAACCACUAUCGAAAACAAUAUUUACGAGCUCUUUGUGUGAACUAUGCUCCACGGCUACUGAACUGUCAGCAUAACAUUAACGCCAACAUCAUGCCCGCCUUCCGGCAAGUGGGAGAGAAGCAGCUUCCAAACCCUGUAGUUUGCAUGGCGUGGUCUCCAAAGAGGGAUCUGAUUGCUCUCGCCAACACUAAUGGAGAGUUGCUACUACAUCGCUUGGCUAGCUUCCAGCGUGUUUGGAGCUUACCACCCAGUGAAUGUACUGGAAAGGAGAUCACUGCCCUCGUUUGGAGACCUGAUGGCAAAAUAUUAGCCUUCAGUCUCAGUGACACCAAACAGGUGGUCCUUUGUGGUGUUGAGAAAGCAGAGAUCCUCCACAUGUUUCCGAUGCAAAGUCCUGUGACUUGCAUGAACUGGAUGGAGGUGAUGGAUGAAAGCAGUGYCCUCAGCUCCUUUUACAGCUCAGAGGACGAAUCCAAACUUUUCCUCCCCAAACUUCCAACACUUCCCAAAAGCUACAGCACAACUUCAAAGAUUUUCAGUGAGGAGAAGUCUGAUGAGAUACUCAACCUGUUUGGAGAUGUUAGACUGAACAUACUUGUUCUGGGAGGAGAAGGCAGCUUUGUGGAGCUUUAUGCUUACGGGAUGUACAAGAUUGCAACUUUAGACGGAGUGCCAGGAACGUGUCACAGUCUGAGUCUGUCCAGUGAUCUCAAGUCUCUGUCUGUCAUCACAAAUAUCAAGCCUGCUGAUGACAAAGCAGAGAUCUGCUACAUCCAGCUGGACACGAGCUUGUUGUCGGACUUUCUGCCCGAACUCACCAGGAUGGCUCGCAAGUUCGCCCACAUCUCCACCCUGAUGCAGUACCUUCACCUCUCACUUACCUGCAUGUGUGAAGCAUGGGAGGACAUCCUGCUGCAGAUGGAUCAUCGUCUCACCAAGUUUGUUCAGUCCUGAACUACAGGCUCUUCUCAUGAAUCAGUUGACUGUCAAGGGCUUGAAGAAACUUGGUCAGUCCAUCGAGUCUUCUUACUCCAGCAUUCAGAAGUUAGUGAUCAGUCACCUGCAGAGCGGCUCAGAGGCUCUGCUGUAUCACCUCAGCGAGGUGAGAGGAAUGUCUUUAUGGAAGCAGAAGUUUGAGCCCCUCGGUUUGGAUUCAGAUGCCAUUGAUGGUGCCAUCACUGCUGUGGGAUUUUUCUCUCUCAAAGCCAAUGAACUUCUGCAGGUUAUUGACAAAAGUAUGAAAAACUUCAAGGCCUUCUUUCGGUGGCUGUAUGUGGCAAUGCUAAGAAUGUGUGAUGAGCAUGUACCACCGGAGUUAAAUAAGAUGACUCAGAAGGACAUCGCCUUUGUUGCAGAUUUCUUAUCUGAACACUUUAGUGAGAAUGAAGAACUCUUUAGUCGUAAGGGAAAGUACUUCAAUGUGGAGCGAGUUGGUCAGUACCUAAAAGAUGAGGACGAAGACCUUGUGUCCCCACCCAACACAAAGGGCAACCAGUGGCUGAAGUUUUUACAGGAGAGCACACAUCUGAAAGACAGUCCUCUGGUGUUUCCAUCAUAUCCACAAAAGUCUUUGCACUUUGUCAAGAAGAUGAUGGAGAAUGUAAUUGAACUCUGCCUACAGAUGCCCUCUGAAGUCAUUGGGAAAUCUGUAAAACAGACUGUCUUUUUGCGUUUGUAUGCCGUGCCAGAGAAGAUGGAAAACACGCCACGACUUUUUGAUUUUCCAUCCUUGUGGAACAAUAAAAAAGACAAAAUGCACUGUGUUGUGUUCUGCAUGCCAGAGAUUUCACCAUGCAAGCUCUAUCUGUUAAGGAAAGGAACUGAUUCAAACAGACAUGUACCAAACAGUUUGAUGUCAAUUGACCUCAGCCAUUAUCUCGACACUACUGCUGUGGACAGUGAUGCAACCCUCUGCUUGGAUGCUUGCUUCUACGAUGACAAAAUGCUAACAGUGGUUUUGCGACGGUCAGAGGAAGUAAACAGCAUGUGUGUCUUGGCUCAGCUUCCACUUGCCUCAAUCUUGAGCUGUGAGAUGAAUAUCAGCCUGGACUCCAAUGUGAGGU